AUGCACACGCUAAAUUCUACCUCGUCUUCCGGCUGUAUGGCCUACAUGGAGCCUACGAAAAUAGCCACCAUUACAGCGUCUGUGGUAAUGACAUUCUUCCUUCUUCUGGGCAUAUCGGGAAACGCCUGGACACUGUGGGUUUUGGUACGAUGCACAAAACUGCGACAGAACGUAAUAAAUAGCCUUAUUUUAAGUCUUUGUUUGAACGACAUCGUCAAUUUGACGCUGCUUCAGACAUUCGUGCUCGGCUCGUACUACUGCAAUCGAUGGGCCCUAGGCACCAUCUCCUGCUUCGUCAUUCCGGAAGCAAACAUGAUCCUCAUUGGCACCAGUUUGUGGCACCACGCGUUCAUCUCGUUCCAUCGAUACCUCGUCGUAGUUCAAUACGAUCGUUACCUGCGGAUACGAAAGCGUCCGUACAUUCUCGUUGUCAUCCUCGGCAGCCGUGCCUUUCCUACCAUCCUGACACUCGUCUUCAACAGUGUGUCGUACGUGAAUUUCCUAAAUUCUCCAGGCGGAUAUCAGUCCACCUCGCUUUCAUUCAUCCACCAACUGGAGUCCUUCGCCCGCUUUAUCAUGUUUUACUCCCCAUUUCUACUCCGUUGUGUGUACAAGCGAAAUCAGCACGCUCGGAUUGUGUGUGUUAUUUUUUUAACCGUCAUUCUGCCCUGCAUCGUCGUCAUAUUUUGCUUUGCGUCCAUAUUUAUACAUGUUCGUCGGAAGAAUUUCCUUCAACGGCGAUGUCCGCAGCCACCAAAGUGUCCGAACGAGGUAACAAAGUGGAACACACUGAUCAUGACACCUCGGAAUGAGAUUCAGUUAAGCCCGUCAACCUUAGCACAGACGGGUUCAGAAGACGAUGAUGAAAAGCCGAGUUUCGACUUUAGUAUAUCGACUUUGGGGGUUGAUGAUGAGUUGACACUUCAGUUCGAUCACCCAGCAGGUCAAUUUCAAUUCAAAAUGCCGGCUCAAGUGGUACCAGGUGAAUCAAAAGGCACUCAAAUCCAGAAAAAGCUCUCAGACUUUAUGCGCACGAGGUUGUCUUUGGACAAGAGGCGAAUUUCGAGGGAGAUGAAGAUUACUAAAAUGUUCUGUGUGAUAUUCACGCUCUUCCUGGCCGGAUAUCUUCCAUAUGGACUAAUUCGAUUGGCGGACGGAACAACUAUCGACCCAGAAGAUUGUUUAGUGCCAGCAGGGGGCAACGCUACCGCGGUGGAUCGAAGUAGACGUGGCACGCCACCAGACGUCUACGUAUUUCUGUCUGUGGUGUAUGCGAUCGCCUCGUGCUGCAACCCCCUGAUCUUUGGCUUAAUGCACAAGGAUGUGCGGAAGAAUGCCUUCAAGAACCUCGGCAGUCCAAAAAGCCACCAUCGAUGUCUUCGAAAUAGGCUUUUUUGA